GCUGUCGGGCCGGGCGGCGCCAGGCCCGGGCGGGGGCAGCUCGGCGGGCCGGGCGGCGCUGCCGCCGCCAUGAAGGAGCCGGCGGCGGGCGAGGAGGAGGUGCUGCGGGACUACCUGGCCUACUACCUGGCCCGAGGGGCCGCGGGGCAGCUGGCGGUGUGCGACGAGGCCUCCCUGAAGGCGAGAGCGCGGCGGCUGCUGGGCCCGCGCCGCGGCUGCCUGGACGUGCGCGGCGUGGCGGAGCGGUGCCGGCGGGCGCGGGGCCGGCGGGGCGGCAGCGUCCUGCCCGGGCUGCUGAAGGCGCUGGAGGUGCUGGAGCUGCUCUGCGUCAACCUGCUCCUCUGCCCGUGGCGGAAGGAAAUCUGGUCGCUGAAGACGUUCACGGGUAAUUUUGUCUACUAUAUUCAAUCUGUGCUCCCAGAUGACAUUGUAAAAACAGUACUGGAGAAAAUAGGUUACAUUGCAACAACAGCAACAGAGUUUUCACUUGUCAAAAAGAGAAACAAUGAGGAAACAAAGCAGACUGCAUUUGAAAUAUUCCUGGCAAGAAUUGAGUGUGAAACCAUCCUUGAAAUGACAAGUGAAGAAAAACACGGCAAUUUGGAGAAAACCCUACAGAAGAACAUACAAAUGCACCAGCAUCCUGGAGAUAAGGACAAAGAGGAUCAAACACCCCAGAGAGAAGAUGCUGAAAAUCUAGAAAAUAAAGAAAACAGUGAGACAUGUCUGUGCCUUGCUACUCAACAGAGGUCUUCAACUAAUAGUGAUGUAGCCUUUGAAGCUGCUGGGAAUCUGAGGAUCAAAGAUGAGAUACCUCAGUUAGCAGUUACUCAAUCCACUAACAGGCUUCAGGAACACCAAAGGCAAGUCAUUAACACUGCACAUUUUCCAGGCAAAUGCUCAGACAGUGAGGACUUCUUAAUCAAAUAUAGUGACAUUGUCAUAAGACAAACACCUAUUUUCAGCGAGAAUCUUUCUCCAAAAGCUUUUGAAAAAAAGCCAAGAGCCAGUCUAAGUGAAGAAUGUGCUUUGGCAGUCUCUGCAGAGUCAGCUGCAAAUGAGAUCAGGCCUGUGCCGCUCUCACCAGGAGCAAGCGGUCCACCAGCCUUUGCACUAUUUGCUGACAGCUCUUGUGACAGCAAAGCCACUUUGGAGUACACAGCUCAAGAAGUCUCCAGAGGAUCAAUUGAAGCAGAAAUUAACGAUGCCAUAAAUUGCAUAGACCUGGACCCUGCAGAUGAACCCAAUGAGCUGAAGUCCCUGCUGUACGAGGACACUGCAUCUGUCCAACACUGCAGUGUCCCCAGGGAAGAGAAAGUUUGUGAGCUGUCUUUAACCUUCACAAAACUACAAAUCAAGGACACUCAGGAAGACCUUAUGUAUCCAGUAGAGGAAACUGGCCAACCUGAGUCAGUAUCAUAUGCAAGUACAAGUGACAGGCACGUCAGAGAAUUUAAUCAUUCCCAAAUAAACCAUACAUAUCUGACUAAUGCUCAGAUGCAGAGCAGAGCAGCUGUACAUACUGAGCCAUCUUCAGAUCCGUGCUGUAGUACCAGGAACAUGGAGGAUCCCACUGUUGAUUCUGAUAGCAAGAGACUAUUAUUGGAUACUCCUAAUGCACAUACAGCCUGUGAGUGCUUCAAACACAUUAGAGAGCCACCCAACCUCACCUACAUUCCACCACAAAGUAUAGAUGUUCGGUCUUCAUGUGUAAGAAGGACCACCACACAGGGCAGAAGGAACCUCUCGCAGCCUGAACAUGACUCUCCUGAAUCCGGUGAAGUAAAGCUGGAGAACUAUAAUUCAAAAGUAAAUGAAAUCCAGGAGCCUUAUGUCAUUAUUGACAAAAGUGACCAAGGAAUGUUAUGCCAUCACACUUGAUUCUACCAGUGCUUUUAUCUGUAACCUGCCUGGGUUUUUUUCCUCUCACUCGUGGCCUUGAUCAGCUUUUCAAGGAGAUUAUUAGCUUUGUUGAAGCAGUUUAAAAAAGACCAAAAACACCAACCACUGCUUUUGGACAGUAAAAAAAGGAAGUAGUUGAGCAGAUUCUCAAUUGCUUAUGCUCAUUAGAAUCUUUGGCACUGAAAACCAAAUGGUGACCUUUCUAAAGCACAGGCAACUUACAUAAAUUUAAAACCAUGUAACUCAUCAGCCAGACUUCUUCCUGUGCUGCUUAAUGCCAGAUAGGUUUCUUCAGUUAAGCACAAUUUUUUCUUUUUUUCCAUUACAGUUCCAUUUCUGGAGUAUUCCUUACUCUUCAAGUGUAGCAUCCUGUACAGUGAUAGAGCCAGGUACAUGUUUAAAAAUGGGAUGAUCCAACUUUACAGCUUUACAAAUGCUGUACUGGAGUGUACAUCUGUUAAUUCAUUACAUUCCUGUGAAGCUGUGCUCUAGCUGAUCUUGCACCUUUUCUCAGUUGAAAGUUAGAAAGUUUGGUAACAUUCCAUUACAUUUAAAGAAGGAAACAGCCUUGUGAACACUUGGUUUUAUUUUUGCAUUAGGAGCAACAGUUUAGAUAUUAUAGAGGCAAUAACCUGUAUUACAGGUUUUAUACCUGUCUCCACUUGCUACCAAGUUUUUUUGUGGUUACCACCACAAAUUUCAAGAGAAGCAUUGAGCAUUCUAAUCAUUCACUGCUACCAGAAGAGGGAGAUCCAGCUACUGCUGCCUUCUCCCUUGCCCUGUUUCUGCCACUUAACUGCACCAGCUCUGGAAUUCACUGGACUUUUCUGUAAGUCCAUCUCACUAAAAUUAAGGGAAAAAACUACCAUCCUCUGCUAUUUUAGUGGCAGGGAAAGAAAAGAUUAGAGAAGGGCCCCAGGAUUAGAGCCAGGAUAAGUGAUAUCCUGUAGGUCAGAGUGCUGUGUGAAAAGCAUUGUGCUGAGAAGGGAGCAGCAUUGUUAGAUCAGCUGUAAGCUGGAGUCCCAGCUUUGAGAUGCUCUGUCAUGCACAACAUGUAAUUCAGUUUGGGAAAGCACAGUCACUGGUACUGUGUUUCAGCACAAUCUUCAGUGCUUCUUUAUGCACUUGUUACCCAGAAAGACUUCAGUACUGCUUUAAGUAACUUUUCCAGUAGCACUUCAGUGCUAAGAAUGUUUUGGUUUUUCAUGUAGUUGGAAUAUUGGGUAAAAUUAAUAUACUAUAAACUGUUUAACAUUGACCUUCAGCCCCCAGAAAAUCAAAGAGGAGCACAUGGGUUGCACUAGAAAAACCUCAGGAGCUAAAAUGUAAAGACCUGAUUUUUGAACAACUAAUUAUUGAAGUCCUGUCAUCACUUUGUUCCAGUAAUGUAGGAGGAAUAAAAUUUUGUCCAUCAUCAAGUGACAGGGCUUACUUCAGCUUUGGGUGGGAUUGUGAGGAAUGGGUGAACAUGCACAUGCAUCAAUACUUCUGUUCUGGGUCUAGGCUAGGUCUGAGGUAACUUUCUUAAUAGCAGCCCCUGGGGUGGUGUGGUGGGUUUUGUGGCUAAAAUUGUUGGUAUUACACCAGUGGUUUUGCUUUUCCUGAACAGUGCUUGCACACUGUCACAACUCUCUCUAGCAGUGAUGAGUAACUGGGAGAGGACACAGCUGGGACAGCUGACCCAAACCAGCCAAAGGGAUAUGCCACAGAACAUCAUGCCUGGCAAUACAGCUGGUAGCAGAAGAUGGUAGGGGUUUUUUUGCCUACCAAGGUGGCCAUUGCUCAGAGACUGGCUGGGCAUUCGUCUUCCUGUGGAAUGUGGUGACUUACUGCCAUUGUAUCGCUGGGUUUUUCCCCUCUCUUUCCUUAUUAAACCUUUUGUUUCAAACCAAAA